AUAUGAAACGUUUAGUAAAUGAUGAAGAUUUUAAAUUAGUCGUGGUGUGAACAUUCCAAAGAUAUAUCGUUCCAUCUUCAUGACGACAGAAUAAUUUAAAAUAAUUUUAUUAAAAAUGUCGUGGCAAUCCACAACGAUUGCGAUAUUAAUAUUAGCAUGUAUUGGAUAUCAUCAGAUAAAUGCGAGUGCUUUGAUGCAACAACGAAACCGUCGUAGCAUAGAUUUAAAUGCAGCGCACAUGUUGAUAUCUGAUGCUCGCUUAGAUAAAGCGGUAAUUCCCACAGCAUAUAAACUAGAAUUUACAGCCGAACCAGAAGAGGGUAAAUUUAAUGGUGUUGUUUGGAUUAAUGUAACAUGGCUGGAACCAAGUGAUGAAAUUAAAUUACAUGUACAUCAGGAUUUACAAGUAACACAAGCGGUUGCAAUGUUGAGUAUCUAUUCUGUUGAAAACAAUGAACCCAAAUUAAAAACGGAAAAUGUUCGUAUUGUACGUACUGAACGUAUACCCAAAAAACCAUUGUAUGUUUUGCAUUUAGAGAAAAGUGUUGAAAAAGGCACAGAUUGUCAAUUACAAUUAUCAUUUUCUGGCCAAUUGUCGAAUGAAACUAGUGAAGGCGUAUUUCGAACAAGUUUUGCAGACAAAACGAGUAAUGAAUGCAAAUGGUUUGUAGCAACACACAUGCGACCAAAUAAUGCUCGUCGAGUAUUUCCAUGCUUCGAUGAACCAUCAUUUAAAACACCAUUCGAAUUGAAACUUGCCAGACCUAAAAGUAUGAUGGCACUAUCAAACAUGCCUUUAUCUAAAACUACUGAUAUGGAAAAUCGUGAAGGAUGGGUUUGGGAUACUUUCCAAACUACCCCUCCAAUGUCUACAUUCACUCUUGGUUUUGUAAUUGGUGAAUUACAUAACAUAGAAAGCGGUGCUGUAGACAAUGGAGUUAAUGUAAAGAUUUAUGGACGGCGUGACUAUUUAGAACCACUUAAGGAUGUUCCAAAUCGAACUCGACGUGUUGUUAAAGAGCUACAAUCAUACUGGGGAUUAGAUUUUCCAUUGAAAAAAUUAGAUAUUGUUGCGUUACCCAAUUAUUAUGCUGUACGUCCUGCUGACAAUUGGGGGUUAAUAUUUUUCAAGGAAAGUGAAUUAAGUCGAACAGGAGUUUGGCAAAUUGCUCAAGAAAUCACUUAUCAAUGGUUAGGGGCCUUAGCUACACCAUACUGGUGGAGUGAUGCCCAUAUUAAUAAGGCUUUAGCAAGUUAUAUGGCUGCAUGGACUGCUUUCAAGAUUGAUAAUGGCGCUGAGUUACAAGGGAAAUGGCCAAUGACAAUCCUAUAUUCUUUAUAUUACGAAUUCAGCAAAAGAUACCCACAUGCCCGUAUCACAGGAAUGAAAUAUGAGACAACUGCAUCCAAAACUGAAUUAAUUUUCCGUAUGUUUAACUAUACACUUGGUGAAACAACUUUCCGCCAAGCUUUACGCAAAUUUAUUCGUGAAAAGGAAUACAAGACAUUCUUUGGGGAUGAUAUUUGGAGUGCAUUAACUGAACAGGCACAUACGAAUCGUGUACUAUGCCGGCAAGUUAGCGUUAACGAAAUUGCAGGAUCAUGGAUUACAAAAGAUCGAUUACCAGUUGUAACUGUAACUAGGGAUUAUAAAAAAAAUUCUGCCGUACUUAAACAGAGAGUUUAUUUGCGAGAUCGUCCACAUGAUGUCCCCGAUCAAGAUAAAAUGUUAUGGUGGAUUCCAAUCGUGUUAGUGGAUGAAGAAAAAUUAGACUUUCAUAACUACACUCCUCGUGUCUGGAUGAAAAAAGAACGUGAAAUUGAAAUUAAAGAUUUACCAAAAGAAAAUCAGUUUAUUAUUGUAAAUCCUGAAGAAAUUGGACCAUUCCCAGUAAAUUACGAUAUUCAAAAUUGGAACAUGUUGGCACAAUAUCUAUUAAAUAAUCAAGAAGGUCGAUCACGAAUUCCAGUUUAUACUAGAGCAAAAUUAUUACAUGAUGCUUGGAACUUAGCAUAUGCUGGUGAUUUGAGUUUUGCUACAGCUUUAAAUAUGACACUAUUUUUGAAAUAUGAACGAGAUCAUCUGGCUUGGGAUCCAGUGUUUACAAUGAUUGACCACAUUGGCCGUCAUAUUGAUAGUUCUGAGGUUCAUAAGAAAUUUGAGACAUAUGUCCGAAUGCUUUUAACGCCAUUGUACGAAGAGUUAGGAAGUGAACCAAAACCUGACGAAGAUCGAAGUCAAACACAUUUGCGUGGUUUGGCUAAAGUGUUCUUAUGUCGAGCUGGCUAUAAACCUUGCAUUGAAGAAGCUCAGGCCGUUUACAAAAAAUGGAUGGAAAGUGAGGAUCCAGAUGAAGGAAAUCCAGUGGCAAAUCAAUUUAUAUGUCCAGUAUUCAAGUGGGGGACACGUGAAGAAUGGGAAUUUGGUUUACAACGUGUGAUAAAUUUCCCCCCAUCGCGUAAGCAAAGUGAACGAACAUAUUUAUUGAAAACAUUGGUUGGAUGUCCAAUAGAAUCGUGGAAAAUUGAUCGUAUUUUAAACAUUACAAUAUUAGAAGAUAACGGAAAUUUCACAGAGACCGACAUAUAUUUGAUAUUUAGUAUGUUGACCGGUGGUGCUAGUGGAUAUACAACAUUAUUCCACUUUUUGAAAAAUAACUGGGAGAUAAUAAAAGUACGAUUUGAAAACAAACCACAUUUAUGGGACAGUAUUAUAACAUCAGCCACGAAUGUGUUUACAACACAAGAAGGUCUUGAUAUGGUAUCGGAAUUAUAUGUGCAACGACAGGGUGAAUUUGGUACAGCUGAAUACAUUAUUGAAAAAGCAUUAAGAAAUAUAAAAGAGGAGACUAAAUGGAGUGAUGAGAAUUUGCCAGUUAUCGAAAAAUGGGUUGAUAAUUAUUUAGAACAACAAAAUUCUGAAGAAAAAGUUAAAUUUUUACGUAAAUAAAAUUUUUAACGAUAUUAUAUUUAAAUCAGUGACGGAUUUGCAAACGCUAACUUUAGAGAUAUUACCUUGAUUGCAUAAAAGAACAUCGAUAUGCUUUAAAAGCUUAUUCGGCCAAAACUACAAAUCCGCCACUGAAUACUACAAAAAUUACUUUGUAUAGAAUAUUUAUUUAUUUUCUUAUGGUUUGUAAAAAGAUAAAGAAACAAGAUUGUUAUUAUUUCGUUUAAAUUUAAUUUUGAAUUUUCAUAACCGUUUUUGCUGUACAAAACUCGAAUUAAAACAAUAAAUAGAGAUAUAAGUUUUAUUUGUA